CGGCCGGCGCGGGCAGGAUGGCGGACUCCAGCCACAGCGGUUCUUGUUUCCACCGGGCCGCCAGAGCUAAGGACCGGCUUCCGGCAGCCUGUGCCGCGUGUGCUCUGCGGCUUCCGGCCGGUUGUGGGUCUCCGCCGCGGACAUGGGGAAAGUGAGGGGCCUGCGGUCCCGGGUGCACAAGGCUGCCGUGAGGCCCACGGGGGAGGCCGCGCCCGGCCCCACGCCCCCCGCCCGGGAGGCGGCCUCUCUGCAGGCCUCGGCUGGCGGAGUCGGGGGGAAGGAGUGGGUCUUCAUGAAUGCCAGUGUGUUUGCCGGGACCACGAUAGACCCCAGCGCCUUGGUGCAGAAGCUGGACGUGGACGCGAGGAGCAGCGCCUCCGUCAGGAGAGGUGCCAAGGCCAAGGCUGUUUUGCCCAAGAAGGAGAAGCUGAAGCUGAGGCGUGAGAGGUGGCUGCAGAUGGCCGGAACCUUUGCAGUGUUGCUAGAAGGGGUGAGAAUUGGUCCCAGUCUCCACGGGCUGAGGACUGGGCCGUGGUCAGUGUCCCGUGAGCCAGCGUUGCUCAGGGUCAGUAACCCCAGGCCGGGACAGUGCAUAAAGGUAGUGGUCCCCACGCGAGCUCUGCUUCGGGCCCUGUUUAUAAGGAACUUCCCUUCGGUUUCUUACAGGUCAGCAAAUGUGGGCCAGGAAGCAAGGAGAAAAUGACCAGGAUGGCUGGGCCUUCAGGGAUCUGGCCCGCCCUCCUGGGCAGCACGUAGAAACACAGGUUUCAGCACAUAAAAAUUGCCCACGUUCAGCAUCCCACACGCCAGUGAAAUUGUCUCAUUUGUAGUAUUCAGUUCUUGCGUAGGUAAUUUUUAGGAGUAGCGGGAGGGAGGGACCGCCCCCCCCUUUACCCAGGAUGGCUGGUCGCAAAGCCUGCUCUUCGAGUUCCCACCUCCCUGACGCCUCCUUGUCGGAAUUUCCCUCGUUUCAUAAUUUGCUCUAAUAUCCGGUAGGCCAGCUCUCUUGUUUCUUGUUCUUUUUCAAAAAUGUUUUGGCUAUUCUUACACAUUUAGUGUUUUUAAAAAAUAAGGUUUGGAAUUAGAUCCCAGGUUCAGUUACAGGCCCUGUUGGAGUUGGAGCUGCGUCAGACCUGAGGCCGGUGUGGGAGCCGCGCUCGCGCCCUCCCUGGGCUCGGGGCCGCCUGGCCAGGUUGGCGGGGGUGUCCGCCAUCCCUUCUGUGGCCUGCUUCAUCAGAGAGUCUGCCUGAUGUACACAAGAUGUGGAAUUUCUGGUAGAUGAUCUCUCUCAAAUUAAGGAAGUUCCUUCUGUUCUUGGUUUCACUGUAACCUUUACCCUGAGUGGACAGUGAAUUCUGUCAGACUCUUCGGGCACUUCUGUGGUGACUGUAGUCUCUCUCUUUGAAGCAGCAACUGCAGUGGCCACCCGGCACGUGUCCCUGUGCUGUGCUGUCCUUGCACGUGCUUCGGAUGCGUCCUAGGUGGACCCCGCGCGCUUUGAACCUAAAAGGCUCUGGCUCUGACUUGCUGGCGUUCGCCUCCGUCCUCCUGUGAGCUGGGCCUGCUUUGCCUGGUCCCCCAGCUUGGGCGCCGGGCCGGCACCCUGUCCCUUCCCCUGCCUGAACCCCCCCGACCCCCUGCUACUGCCUCGGCCCUCCUGGGAGCCAGGGCUCUGGGAGGAGUCACCCGGCUUGAUGAGGUACUGAGUAGAUUGUUAUCCUGUCAGCAUGGAGAGUACUGAAUUGUCACCCUAUACAUCCUAACAUCCCUGGCAUGGAGGGGUGGCCCGGGGCCCAGGGCAGGAGGACCCGGGAGGACGGGCGGUCUUCGUCCCCAGAGCUCAGCUCUUUGGGGUGAGUUGAGGGUCCCCUGGACUCUCCCAGUCUGGGUGCAACUGGGGGGGGUGUGUCCCUGACUUGGCUUGUCCAGGUGGCCUUUCCGAGCUUCUCUGGGCGGCGCGGGCCUUCGAGGGUGGACUCCGAGCUUGGGGACGAGCUGCUCCUGCCAGGCCUCCCACGCACCUUGUUUCCAGAAAGUGUUCUCUUUUGGAAAUGCCUGUUAAGGGUCGCUACACAUCUCUCACUUCUCAUACACCUCCUGGGGCUUGGGUGGACCGGGGCCAAGCCGAGUGCACGCAUGUUCUUUGUACUAAUAAUCGGUGGUGGGCUGUCCUGAGUCUGUCCUCGCUCGUGGGGCCCCCGUCCAGGUCCCCGUCCUCCUGGCCUGCCCCGUGCCUGGUGUCAUCACCGCCCUUCUGGGUGCCGUGCCCGCCGCCAUCGCCUCCUGCACCUGCCCCGAGGGGUGGCCGGGCGGCCACAGCGCCUGAAGGACCGGUUGCAGACUCACAGCCCCUCGGGAGGGAGACGCCCCGCGCCGGGCCACCUGGGCCGCGGCUGGCGCUUCUCUGCUGGCGUCUCCAGGCCUCUGUCGGCUGGGCUGUGCGUCUGUCGGCUGCUUGUCAGGAAGGUGCUCUCAGUUCCCUUUUUAGAUGUGAUUCAGAGUCUGCAGCCUGGUUAUUUAUAGCCCAAUAAACCUCGUGCAGUUGGGAGGCAGGAGAGCCUCUCAGGCUCCAGUCUGAUUGUCCCAAAUCUAUCACAUCAGAGCCUCAUUUCCAAGCUUUUUAGUAGCAGAGCCUUUUUUGUUUUUUUAAGGAAUCUAAUGCAGAACAAUCAGCAAAUCAAUUGUCACAGAUUCAGGCAGUUUCCCUGGAGCAAGGUCUGCACACAAGCUAGUGAGCUGGUGUUUGCCACGAGCCACACUGGGGAAAUCGUGCAUUUGAGUACGUGUUUUAUUAGCAAUUUUGAAAUACAUGUAUUUUAAAAUGAAAGUCAGAUCCUGAGGCCACGUCCCCGUCCAGGCCCUGCCGAACCCCUUCUCUGUAGAGGCCGCAGCCCUGCCGGCCGCCACAGCCUCACCCCGGUGGCUCGUCCGUGCCCUGCCCUCUGCUCGGCACCCUGGGCCCCCGGGCCGCGCCGCCCCCUCCCCAGGGUCUGUCCCAGGCCCCCCCACCAGUGCAGGAGCCCCCUCGAGACCCCGCGGUGCAUGUUUCCUCUCGCUUUGGACCUGGCCACUCGCACCCUGUUGCCUUGUUGGGGACCCUCCUGCCUGCUGACGUCUCCCGUGGGGACCUCUUUUUCCCUCCUGGGCGUGUCCCUAGGAGGCACAAGGGAAGCAGAGCGGGAGGGGCCGGCCGCUCUGCCUGUGCGGCCCCUCCCUCCGCCCGCCCCGCUCCCCGAAGCCGGCCGGCCUUCCCAGGGGCCGCUCCCCGCCUGAGCCCGUCUCCUCAUCAGCCUGUAAUUCGACAGCCACCUCCGGGAUUCAGGGCAGCAGACCGCUGGCAGCCAGCCCGCCCCCGGGGUCCGGGCCGAGCUCGGGCUCUGUGGGCUGGGAGUCGGGACCCUCUGUCGCUGAGGGCGGCGGCCGGGCGCUUGUCCUCCUGGGUCCCCUCUCGCUGACCCCUUAUCCCCCUU